AUGACGCGAGGAUCGUAUGUGUCAUUGACCGGACAGCUACGUACACAACACACCAGGGAAUUUUGGAUAUUCGUUAUAGCCAUGAAAAAAAUCCCGACAUCAUCGGAAAUUUUUCUUCACAGCAUGCGCUGCAUAGAGCACAAGAAAGAUGUUGCUAAGCGGGUAGCAGAAUACAACGCGAAAAUUGCAGUUGGAGGCAUGAGCAACUCUGGUACGCAAGGAGGUAAUCCAGAUCCAGCAGGCGUCCAUCCAGCCCUUGCUCAACAUCGAUCAUGGUCAAAUCGGGGGUGGACAGGUUAGUAUGGGCGUACAACAGCUUAAUGUAAUGAGUAUGAUGCCACAGCCUCCACAAGGAGGACCAUGAGCAUGAAGAGCACAAAUUAGAAGGCAGCUCGGCAUGGCCACAGCAACAAGGUCAUAUGACACUUUUACUCCUUUUUUGCUGAAGCGCACUACAACGUUUAAACGGACGAGCAUUAGGAUCGCUGAGAAAUAUGCUUCAUUCCCCUAGGCCCGCCACAGACCACUAGAUGAUACGGACAUGAUCAUCCAUCGAUCCCGCUGCCCCUGUCUUUGAUUUGCUUCUGGAUAAAAAUCACACUCACGACGUGGCAUAUCCUUUUGCUUUCCUGCUGUGAUGGUCGUCACUCAUCCCAGCAGUUGUC